UAGUUCAUUCAUGUGAGAGAAUAAAAAAAGCAGAAUUUGGCCAGCACCAAAGCUAUACACUACCAGCUUGUAGUGUACAAAGUCUAUAGUAACUUUGAAUUAUCUGGGGUUGCUGGAAACUUGAGAAUUUUGAUGUUGGAGGGUUUGGUUUCAAAUUUGUUGUGAUAAAAAAAUCCGUUCUUUAACGGUUUUUUUCCACAUAUUUAAACAAGAAUGGCUGCUGAUGGUGCAUUGGCUUUCUCUGUGGCGUCUGUGGUGGAGGAUGUUCUUCAGCAACAUGGAAACAGAUCAAGAAGUCUUGAUUUGGAUGCCCGUCGAGCUGAGGAAGCAGCAACAAGGAGGUAUGAAGCAGCAGCGUGGCUGAGAAAGGUGGUUGGCGUUGUGGGAGCAAAAGAUUUGCCAGCUGAGCCUUCCGAGGAAGACUUCAGGCUUGGCUUAAGGAGUGGAAUAAUUCUUUGCAAUGUGCUUAAUAAAAUUCAGCCUGGAGCUGUGCCCAAGGUUGUUGAAAGUCCGGUUGACUCUGCGCUACUUCCUGAUGGAGCAGCCUUGUCUGCAUACCAGUAUUUUGAGAACGUCCGUAACUUUUUGGUUGCUGCCCAAGAUAUGGGGAUUCCUUCAUUUGAGGCAUCUGAUCUUGAACAGGGCGGAAAAUCGUCCAGGGUUGUCAACUGUGUUUUGGGAAUUAAAGACUACAGCGAAUGGAAGCAAACAGGUGGCACUGGAGUCUGGAAAUUCGGUGGAAAUGUAAAGUCCACAACAUCAACAAAACAAUUUGUGCGCAAAAAUUCUGAGCCAUUCUCUAGUUCUCUGUCAAGGAGUAUGUCAAUGAAUGAGAAAUUUACUGAAAGUAACAAAAUGCCCAACUCUUCCUUAAGCAACCUUGUUCGUGCAAUUCUGAUUGAUAAGAAGCCUGAAGAAGUUCCUAAUCUUGUGGAGUCAGUGUUGAAUAAGGUUGUUGAGGAGUUCGAGCAGCGAAUUGCAACCCAAAUUCAACCGAACAAAGCAACUCCAAAGGAUUCGAGCGUUUCCUGUGGUAACAGAUUCCUUCAGAAACAUACUUCUGCCGGCACAAAGCUUGACCAAAGAAAUGUUGCUCUAGUGAAAGAAGAGAAUCGCAUCACUGAUGAGGAACUUAAAAAAAGAUAUGUGAAGCAGAACACAAUUGUUGACCAACAGGAAAGAGACGUCAAGGACCUAAAACAAACUCUUUUGACUACAAAAGCGGGUAUGCAGUUCAUGCAAAUGAAGUUUCAUGAGGAGAUACACAAUAUUGGCAUGCACAUACACAGCCUAGCACACGCAGCUUCCAGUUAUCAUAGAGUUCUUGAAGAAAAUCGCAGGCUUUACAAUCAAGUCCAGGACCUUAAAGGAAGCAUAAGAGUUUACUGUCGAGUAAGACCAUUUUUGCCCGGGCAAGCAAGUUAUAUUAGUAAUGUGGAUCAUAUAGAAGAUGGUAGCAUUACAAUAAGUGUUCCAUCAAAGAACGGGAAAGGACGCAAGUCUUUCAAUUUCAAUAAAGUAUUCGGACCGUCCGCAACUCAAGGAGAGGUGUUUUCAGACACUCAACAACUGAUUAGAUCAGUGUUGGAUGGGUACAAUGUGUGCAUUUUUGCUUAUGGUCAAACUGGAUCAGGAAAAACCUUCACAAUGACUGGGCCUAAGGAUCUUACCGAACAAAGCCGAGGGGUAAACUACAGGGCAUUAGGCGAUUUAUUCCUUCUUGCAGAGCAAAGAAAGGACACCUUCUUCUAUGAAGUGUCUGUACAAAUGAUUGAGAUAUAUAACGAGCAAGUUAGGGAUCUCCUUGUUUCUGAUGGUGUGCACAAAAGAUUAGAAAUUCGUAAUGCUUCUCAAGGACUAACAGUACCUGAUGCAAGCCUGGUUCGCGUGACUUCAACUUCCGACGUCAUUCAUUUAAUGAAUCUUGGACAAAGGAAUCGUGCAGUGGGUGCAACAGCACUUAAUGACCGCAGUAGCCGCUCCCACAGUUGCCUGACAGUUCAUGUCCAAGGAAGAGACUUGACUUCUGGAGCUAUUCUUCGUGGUUGUAUGCAUUUGGUUGAUCUUGCUGGAAGUGAAAGAGUAGACAAAUCUGAAGUAACGGGAGAUAGACUUAAAGAGGCACAACAUAUUAACAAGUCUCUUUCAGCUUUAGGUGAUGUAAUUGCUGCCCUAGCACAAAAGAAUGCGCAUGUUCCAUAUCGUAACAGCAAACUUACACAACUACUCCAAGACUCACUAGGUGGACAAGCUAAAACAUUGAUGUUUGUUCACAUAAGUCCUGAACCUGAUGCCAUAGGAGAAACAAUUAGCACCCUUAAGUUUGCAGAACGUGUUUCUACUGUUGAACUCGGUGCUGCCCGAGUAAAUAAAGACACUACAGAUGUCAAAGAGCUCAAAGAACAGGUUGCUACUCUUAAAGCUGCCUUGGCGAGAAAAGAAACGGAACCGGUCUCCAUACAUCAUAAGGUAACAAGCAGUCCAUAUGGCUUGCAGUCAUCACCUUUUCAAUCUAAUCCACAGGGGAAAGAAAUGUUGACCGAUUCAAACAUUCAGAGGAGACCAAUGGAGGAUGUAGGCAACAGAGAGGUCUCUAGUAAUUCUGCAUUCAGACAAAAGAGGCAAAGUUUUGAUCUUGAUGAGUUACUCGGAAAUUCCCCUCCCUGGCCACCCGUUAGCAGUCCUUGUGAAAACUUUGUAGAAGAUGACAGAGACAUGAGCUCAGGCGAGUGGGUAGACAAGGUCAUGGUGAACAAGCAGGACGCUGCACGUGGAGUUGGAAACCUGUUUGGAUGGGAAUCUGAAAAAGACAAUGUGUCCGACGUACUUUAUGAGAAAUAUCUUUCAGAUUCAUCUAAAGUAUACCAAGAAAAAUCAAGUAAUCUUUUUCAAAUGAGCAACCACUUUGACAUCACUACUGCCGAGGAUUUAGAUGAGUUUGAUGCCACUACGAGUGAUUCGUCCGAGCCAGAUUUGCUUUGGCAAUUCAAUAAUACAAAACUUAACAGUUUUCCCAAUGGGAAUGGGUCAAAGAUACAGAAACCAAAUGCUAAGCCAGCAAAGAGCCCAGAAUCAAGGAAUAUGGUUCAUAAAGUCGGGCCUUCACUAUCACGACAGACAAAUGGAAUUGGCCACAACCAGCGGAAUGGGAGGCAGGCUAUGCCAGCUGAAAUGAAGCGUAAAUCCGGGAGCAGGAAAUAGGGGAAGAGUUUCCAAUUCUUUUAUUAUCAUUUUUUAAUUUUUUGAGUCAAUAGUGUGGGAGAGUGAAUGAGAGUGGUUUGCCCUUUUUUUUUUUUUUUUUUACAUACAGUUUCUUCAUCCUAUUUGAUUGUUCCCAUCAACGUUUAUAUCUUUACAAUGUGAAUGAGGCAAUAAUUCCAGUUGCUUGUAAUUUUUGUAUCAUUGGAUUUGUAAGAGUUCUAGUUCUUGUUGGAUAGCGUGGUAGGUAGCAGAGCGUGAAGAUUCUCAAACAAUAGUUCCAUUUGAUAAUCUUGUGGCACUUUGAGGAUUUGACUUUGUAAAUUUUGCACAUAUAUAAUUAAAGGGUGAGCAUUGAAAAUGUUUCUUCUA